ACGCACUUACCUCUUUUGGUGAACAGAAAAAGUGAACCUCACAGAAAAAAAAGGUAUCUCUCGUUCCUGGCUUUCAGAUUCGUUCCUUCUUUAAACACGGUCGAGUCUGGUAUAAAACACGCGCCGUCUUCGUUGAACUGUGUGUCAAAUACAUCCCUGCCCCGGAGGCGCGUCAAAACUCAUGUCAGUGGAUAUAUAAUGUUGUAACAACGGGAGGGAAUAUGGGAAUUUGACAAAGAACUGCUCAAAAAGGAGUAAAAUAUUAGUUUAUUUGAUAUCUAUUUUUCAUUCAAUUCUUGAACCGAUUUUUUUUGGGUUAAAAAUUUCCUCUGUGGAUUGAGAAUUUUUAUUUUAAUUUACAAAUAUUAAAAUGGGCGCCGCCGCUGGCGACCAUCGGAGCGCCAAAGAGGUUAUUUACGAUGCCAGUGCCGGUGCCGCCGCGGGUGCAAUAGCUGCAACUUUUGUCUGUCCGUUGGAUGUAAUAAAGACAAGACUUCAAGUCUGUGGCUUGCCUGAACUUCACCCUUCUCAAAGAGGAAGUGUUCUUUUGACAAGCCUACAGAACAUUGUACGAAAUGAAGGAGUGAGGGGAUUGUACCGUGGCCUUUCACCAACAUUGGCAGCAUUACUUCCAAAUUGGGCAGUUUACUUCACUGUUUAUGGACACCUCAGAGGGCUGCUGCGUUCACAUGAGGAUGAAAAUGAUCAGCUUUCAUUUGGUUCAAAUAUAAUAGCUGCUUCGGGAGCUGGGGCUGCAACAUCCAUUGCAACAAAUCCAUUGUGGGUUGUUAAGACACGACUUCAAACACAGGGAAUGAGGCAGGGCGUGGUUCCUUAUAAGAGCAUUUUUUCUGCUUUGAGACGCAUUGCACGUGAGGAAGGAAUCCGAGGAUGGUACAGUGGCCUUCUGCCUUCUCUGGCCGGGAUUAGUCAUGUUGCUAUUCAGUUCCCUGCAUAUGAAAAGAUGAAGUACUACUUAGCAAAACAGGAAAACAAAAGCACCAAUGAGCUAAGCCCUUGGAAAGUUGCAAUUGCCUCUUCAUUUGCAAAAGUUAUUGCUUCUGUUUCAACUUACCCACAUGAGGUUGUGCGGUCGAGGUUGCAACAGCAAGGACAGAUGAGAAAUUCUGGAUUACAGUAUGAUGGUGUUCUCGAUUGCAUUAAGAAGGUUUUUGAAAAGGAAGGUCCUACAGGAUUUUAUCGUGGUUGUGCUACUAAUCUUUUGCGAACGACUCCAUCUGCUGUCAUAACCUUUACCAGCUAUGAGAUGAUACAUAGAUUUUUGCUUCGCGUUUCACCUCCAGACGAGAAGCACUCAAAACCACAACCGAAACCCGAAGGCCACGUCAAAUCCCACAAGGAAACUAUAAUUUAUGGAGAUGACCCAUCUAAUAACCGUAGUAGUUUUGUUCCUUUGGAAAAAUCAGAUAAGUUAACACAUUGAAUAGAGUUAGUUUCAGAUGCAAUUUAACAAGUAGAAUCUUUUAUAUAGAAUCAGUAAAGGUAGUUGGAAAAAUUUUGUUCCUUUUCGUUGUGAUAGUGUAAUAUGUUGAAAAUUGGUUCUUUCCUAUCUUUCGAGUUUCCCCUUUGUUUCA